AUGUUCCCUUCAAUCCUAAAUUCUAAUCAACCUCGGCACCAGCAACAACAAAAACAAAAAGGGGAAUGGUUAGCAGGAAGUUUCAAGGCAGAGAACUUCAUUCCAGGUCUUGUUAUAGGUUUCAUUUUUGGGUUGUUGUUAGAUUUAUCAAAGCCCAGUAGAAAUCACCUAUCCAAGAAAAAUUUGUCAUCUACCAAACUUCAACAGCAACUCUCAGUCUCAAGCAAUGAUGACCGAGAACUUAAAAUGGUUCUGGUCGUGCGCCAAGACCUAAAGAUGAAAUCUGGAAAGAUUGCAUCCCAAUGUGCUCAUGCUGCCACUGGCAUGUAUGCUGAAUUACUGCAAAGUGAUCGUUCUCUGCUGAGACAAUGGGAACACUGCGGCCAGCCCAAAAUUGUUGUGACUUGCAGGAAUCAACAAGAGAUGAGUAAACUGAAGGAAGCAGCUGAGAGUAUUGGCCUUCCUACAUUUGUUGUUGCUGAUGCAGGACGAACACAGGUUUUGGCAGGAUCAAAAACUGUUCUCGCUGUUGGACCUGGACCAAAAUCAUCUGUGGAUGCGGUGACUGUUAUCCUUACUGUGAGGCCUAAGCAACAUGGCUGUGCAAUGGCUUCUCGUUAUAGAUCUGUUUCGCAACCAGCAUUCUCCUUUAUCAGAUCCACCAUCACUAAACCAGCUUCCAAGCCCACACCCUCAGCUUUUCUCCUCAAAACUCGGUCUCCCGUUACGGCCAGGUGGGUGGGUGGUGAGCUCGGUUGCCUGCAGUCACUUCUUCCACUGCACUCGGCGGUGUCAUCGGCGCGCCUCACUUCUUGUCUAGGCAUCGAUUCGAGUAGGUCGAGGUCGUUGUCUCAGGGUAUGCUCUGCAGUGCCAACCCCGGAGUUUGA